AGAUACAGUUAGUUGUGAACGAACCGUCGUCGUGUGCAAACGUCUCGCUGCGCUAACAGCGUUUCCCUAAAUCUGAAAGAUACGCAAUCGUAAUCGCAGGCACGUCUUAGCGUAUUUCGAAUAUAUUCUUGGCCAAGAGCCGCCGCCAGCGCGAGUGCAAUUGAAACGCGUGCAAAUGCAAAUCAAUUAAAAAUCUUCCCCCAAAAAUAUAAAUGAAAAUCAAUUCUCUCCAAAAAGCAAAUGCAUUAAAAUAAAAAAUUCGCAAAAAAUAACAGAAAUAAAAGCAAAUGUGGCGCAUAUAACUCAGCUGUGAAUAAAAGGAAUCGAAUUCUAUGUCCAAGUGUGCAUUAUCGGAAACUUUAAACUGUUGCUGAUGAUAACGAAUCUAUGCCCAUUGCAUAUAUACAUAUAUGAAUAUAUAUAUACAUACAUAUAUAAAAAAAUACAUGUGUACAUUCAUAUGUAGAUGGGGUUAAUUGCGAUUAUGUCAUGAAGUAUCGUAGGCGUAAUUCGAAAAUUCUUUAAAAAAUCUGGCAACAAAAGUCAAGAAAGCAAAGUUAGUAAGAGUGAGAGGAAGAGCGAAAUCUUUAUUUGAAAUUGUGUGACGUGCGUGUAUUUCAGUUUAAACAAAGCGCGACAACAAUCGCAACUGCAACAACACCAACAACAACACCAACAACAACAACAACAACAACGACAACAAAAAUACGCGUGUUUUUUGCACACUUUUUUGCGCCGUCAGCGCCUGAGAGGCAACAACAACAACAACAACAACAACAACAGCAGGCAAACAGCACUCUCUGUGUAUUUUGUUUGUGUGUGUGUUUCGGCCAAACCGGCAAGUGCAAAAAGUUUAACUGUGUGUGUGCCGCUCUCUUUGUUUCGCGCGCUCUCUCUGUCGCUCUCAUUGUGUGUGUGUUUCUGCGUGCGUGGGUGUAUUUGUGAGUGUAUUUGUGUCGGAACAGCUGUUCAGUGCAACAUGCAGCAGCAGAGCUGCCCAAAAUCCUAAAGGUCCACACACACACACACACGCACACGCACACAUAUACAUAGAUACGCACAAGCCGCUCUCAGGUGCCGUUCUCAGGUGUCCAGCUCGCAUUUUUCGCAUAAGCAACUAUUUGCCACCACAUGAACAUGGCCGGCGGCAGCCUCUUCCUCUUGCAGCACAAGCUGCUGCUUGUCGCGCUGCUCUGCAGCCACAGCCUGGCCAUGGCCAAGCACUUGACGCACGCAGACAUUGUGGCUGCCAGCGACGACGACCUCAGCACGAAUGUGCACCACCAUCAGACGCAGCUGCACCACCAGCAUCAGCAUCAACACAGCGCCGCAACGCACCACCGACGCCGUCUGCAGCGCGACUCGCGCGCCAAGGAUACAGCGCAGUGCGAGCCGGUCAAGGGUUACUUCGAAUCGAUCGACAUCAGGUCGAGUGGAGUUUACAAUGAAAAAGGCGCCAUUUGCGGUGGCAGCUGCUGCAGCAAUGCCACGGAACUGGAACUGCGCCAGAAGGCAGCCGGAAAGUUUGAGCAACUGCUGCACCAUCACACGAGCAGCCUGCGCGGCAUCCUGGAGACCACGGCCAGCCAGUUUCAGAGUCACGUCCUAGAGCUGGCGGAGCAGUCGGAGAACAAGACGUUGAAUGUGUUCUCCCAGGUCUACAGGCGAAUGGUGCCACUGUCGCGAAUGCUCAUACAUCAGCUGUACACGGAAAUCAUCAACCAUUUGAAGUACACGUCGAACUAUAGCAGCAAUAAUGGGCAGGGCAACAGCAUUUUGCACAGCCAAAGCAGCUUGGAGGAUGCGCUGCACAGGUUCUUUGAGAAUCUAUUUCCGGUGGCCUACCAUCAGGCGGUGCACCUGACCAAGGAUAAUUACGGCGAGCUGCACGACGACUACACGAAUUGCUUGAAGCACAACUACGAUGACCUGCAGCCGUUUGGCCAGAUACCCAAGGAAAUUCAGGCCAAUCUGUUGCAGAGCGUGCACAUGUCCAAUAUCUUUAUGAACGCCCUGCUCCAGAGCGCCGAAGUGCUCAGCGAAACGGACGCCCUCUACGGCAAACAACUGACGGACACGUGCCAGCUGCAUCUGCUCAAGAUGCACUACUGCCCCAACUGCAAUGGCCAUCCGGAGUACAGCAGGCCCAAGGUCUGCUACAGCUACUGCAUGAAUGUGAUGCGCGGCUGCUCGGCUCAGUAUUCGGGUCUUCUGGACAGCCCCUGGUCGAAUGUUGUGGAGGCCUUGGACAAUCUGGUGGCCACGCACAUACGCUCCGACAGCGGCAUUAUGAACACCAUCAAGCAGCUGGACACAAAGCUAUCCGAGGCCAUUAUGCGAGCCAUGGAGAACGGACCAGAGCUAGAGAAGAAGGUGAAGAAAACAUGCGGCACGCCCAAUCUGUUGCCCUCACUGACCGCCGCGGAGGCGCAGCCGGUGCAGCAGCACGCGAGCAUCAAGUGGGCCACGCCGCCAGAUGCGGGCAUCGUGCACUUCCUGUCGACCAUCGAGAAGUCCAAGGAGUUCUUCACCAACAUUGUGUACAACUUCUGUGAUGAGGACUAUACACAGCGCGACGAUCAUCUCUGCUGGACCGGAGAUCGCGUCGGCGACUACACCCAGCUGCUGAUGACACCCGGCACGGACACCCAGCGCUACAAUCCGGAGGUGCCAUGGGAGAACCAGUCGCAGCUCAGCAGGCUCAACGAGCUGGUCGACAAGCUAAUCAAGAUACGCAAGAGCAUCGGUGUAUCGGCGCCUGUCUCCAACAGCCAUGACAUCCAGAGUGACAUGGGUCGCGAGGGAUCCGGCGGCGGCGGCGGCGGUGGAGGUGGCGGCGGCCACAUGAGCGACGACGAUGAGGAGUACAGCAGCAUACACGGCUCCGGUGAUGGCUCCGGCGAUGGUCCCACAUCGAACUUCGAUGAUCCAUCAGGAACCACGCCCAUCAACUAUGACACCGAGUCACGCGAGGUGCAGAAGGGCGCGUCCAGCGCACUGACGGCCACUGCGACGAGCCUACUCCUCACACUAGUCACACUCUACAGUAGUUGUAGUUAAAGCAACAGCAGCACCCAAAUCCCAAAAAAAAAAAAUAAAUAAAAUAUAUAUAAAUAUAUAUAUAUAUAAACAAUAUAUAUAACAACGCAUAAUAAUAUUAAACGCAAAGCAAGGCAGCAAAAUGCAAGCAGCGGAAGCGCACGCACAAAGUUUGACGCAAUUAAAUAUUAAUAAUUAUUAUUAUUAUUAUUAUUAUAUUAUGAUUAUUAUUUGUGUAAUGCUUAAGUUGUUACAAUUAAUUUAUUAGCCACUAAGCGCAUUCACUUUGCAGAGUAACAAAAACCCAAUUGGAGUUGCGCUACGUUUGCUCCGUUUGGCGUUGCCACCUUUCUUCUAGCGUUCCCAUGCCUGAGCUCGUUGCACCUCAACGCUGAAUCCAAUUAGACUUUUGUGCCAUAUAAAUGUGUUGCGAGGAUUGCAUAAACAACUACAACAACAACAACAAUAUACAAAAAAUAGGCUCAAAAUAUUUAAAGCAAAAACCUGUCCACCAUCGAACUUUUAAGCAAGUGCAGUUUGUUCAGAUACAUGUUCUUUAAAUCAUAUAUAUAUAUACAUAUAUAUAUAUCUAGCUACAGUACGUAAAUUAUAAAGCUCAAUGUUCAAAGCGAAUUGUUCCUUUUUGGUGUAAUUAAAUCAAGCGAAUUAUAUAAAUGCAAAAGAUACAGAUACAAGAUGCAAGAUACAAGAUACAACUAGUUGCUGUUAUGGCUCAUUCUGCGGGAGCUUCUCUUAAAGUUCACAGAAAUUAAUACGUAAAACAAGAAUUUAAAAAUUUAAAUGUUAAUGAAAUACAAAUAACCGAAUUAUUGUUGUCAACAUUUGUGAGAGCUCAAAGAAUCGUAUGAAAGAAAAUGCAUAUUAAUGGAAUUUAGUUGAGUAAACGGACUUUUUGGGAAAAAAAAUAUGAAAAAAAAAGCAAAUACUAGAAGACUUACAGCUUUAUACGCAUGAAACAAUGAAAAAUCUAUUUAACUAUGUAUAUCUAUAGAUACAAAAAAUAUCUAAUACGUAGCAUUAUUAAAAGUAAAUUUUAUGAAGCAAACACUUUGAGGUCAUGUCAUAAAAUGCACACAACGUAAAAAGAAAAGAAAACAAAAUGCAUUAAAAAUACUAUUUCAAUACAAAAAAAAAAUAAACAACAAUAACAAUUUGUUAAGCUAAGUUGGUCAAAAGAUGAGAACUGAGCUUGCAAUUGAGAAUCAGCUUUUGACCAAGCCAAAAGCCUAUUGAGAAAAAAAGCCGUUUAAUGCAAAUGCUGUAGAUGUUUAAAUUUUAGAAACUAAAACCAACUAAAUUCGCAGCUUCGUAAUUUUUGUGUUGUCUUUGUGAAAGAAAGCAGCUUAGGCGACACUCUAAAAAAUAUAUAGAAAAUGCAAAAGCAGGCACUAAGUAAAAUAUAAAUGCAUACAUAUAUAUAAAUAAAUAAACAUACUAACAUAUGCAUAUAUGUAGUAUAUUAGCGCGUAAAGUGUAAUAAUUUAGCGUGUAAAGUGUAAAAAGAAAUGGUUUAUUGAGAACAUGAAAUUUAGUUAGUAGCCAAUUAACAAAGGAUAAUAACACAACAAAUUGAUCUACUUACUAUAUACAAAAAAUAUAUAUAUGAAUUUAUAUAUAUAUACAUACUACUGAUUGAUAGCAACUAACGACCGCAGGCGAAACUAUAAAAAAGAAGAACAACAACAACAAAAACAUGAAAAGCUCUGAGAACGGCGGUCACAUGAAUAUGUGUAUGUUAAACUAU